AUGACGGCAAUGCACCAGCGGUAUCAAUUUGGAAACCUUGAGAAGGCGUUAGCAAGCAGGAAAUCUCCUCCAAUAAACACAACAUGGGAAAGAGAAAAGGGUCGUGGCUUGAUGUUCGAUUUCGGCGAGUACCGUUUGAAAAUUGCGACAGCUGAAGGAUCACAAGAUGAGGUCGUUAUCUACGAAGACUGCUCAAUGAUUUCUACGAGAGUUUGGGAUUGUUCGGUCCUUACAGCAAAAUGCUUGGAAAAUAUUGCAAUGAAAGACCGGAAAAUGCCAGAUCUGAGAUUUCCGCUGAAUUUGCCAUCAAAUGUGGACCGUCCUUUGCAAGUUCUGGAGCUGGGAGCUGGGACCGGACUUCUUAGUGUCUGUCUGGCCAAAUUGGGAGCAGCCGUUCUUAGCACUGAGUAUGGAAGCUCUGUAAAGUUCUUGAAGAAGAACUGUGUUGACAACGAGGUUGAAGUACCAACUGGUGACGAUGAGAAAUGGACUCCAGCACCAGGUCGAGUCACGAGUUGCGAACUCGAUUGGUUCAACUCUAAUCAAACGUUGGAGUCAAUGUUUGCUGAAGGUCAAGAUACUAUCUUUGAUUUGAUUGUGGUGACUGACUGCUCGCUGACCAAUAAAGAUUCUAACGGUGUUAUGGAAAUGAUACACAAGUUUGGAACUACAGGUCAUACGCGAGCUAUUGUCGGUGUAUGUAAAGAACGGGAAGGGACACCAUACUGUGCAGAAAACAUACCGAAACAGUUCAAGAAUGUCAAAAGAGUUCCAGAGGAGGAUUACCAUCCCGAGUAUUCUUCGUCUCGUUACAUCAUUUGGUCUUUCGAGAUAUAA